ACGCAUGACGUUGAUUCUGACAAAGAUUCAGAGGUUUAGAAAUUCAAAUUAUCAGAACUGAACAAGACUGAAUCAAGGAAAGAUAACAAAUGAUUUUACCUGGUGAAGUUCAUCAAACCAUCGUUAACUAAUCAACAAUUAAGAUUGAUUGUUAAUUAUUGUUUACGUCUCAUUUUUAUUUCUCCUUAUUUGUUUUAUUUUCUUUAUGAUUUGUAUUAAUUUUGUUUCUCCUCUUUAAUUGAUUAUUUCAUGAUUUACAUAAUCGCUCUAAUCAUAUCUAAAACAACAACAAUUAAAUCAUCAUAUCAAAAUUAAGCUCUAAAUUUGAUUGAAAAUUUAACAAAGUUUUGAGCUUGACAAAUAUCAAAUAUUCACAAUUUGAACCAACCUGAUUGAUUCUGUUUCAUUCAUAUCAACAAUUGAUUGUUGCUGAUCAUCAACUCUAACCAUCAACAAUUAAGUUAUUCGUGCAAUUCAAUAAGUGAGACAUAAAGUGAUUUAGUUAAUUGUUACAAAAUGGCCUCAUCAUCUGGUAACUAUGUUGAUUUUUCAGCGAUACCUUUACAAAAUUCAGUUGAACAUAAGAUUCAGGAUCAGAUUGAAGCCUUGGAAUGUUUAGAAAAAUUAUUGGAUAAAUUGGAUAAGAAUCAAAUUGUUCUUGAAGUACUACCUGUUCUUGGUGAAAUUAAACCAACCGAUCCUGCCGUGGUUAUGCCUAUUGCUAGAAUGUAUAUGCGCCUGUUAACCGAUCAAAAGUUUGGUAUUGAAGAGGAUAUUUUGGCAAUUAAAAUAAUGCCUGCGAUGCUUCCUGUUGUUGUUAACCCAAAUCUUGCUAUUGAUGAGUUCAAUUUUCUAUCUGAUCUAUUACAAAAAAUGCUAAAUCAAAUAACCAGGAACCAGAGAGAUAAAAUAUUACCUGAGAAAUCAAAUACACAAAUAAGCCCAUCAGCUGAAAAAGUUCCCAUUGAGAUUAACUUUAAUCAACCCAAUAAUCCAUUGUAUCCUCAACGUCCUCCAACAUUAAAAUUAGAGUCACGUCGUCAGUCAAUAUCAGUUGACGAUGUUUCCUGUUCAGAUCCAUCAUCACCUGAGAACGCAAAUUUAUUGGGUUUACCUGGUUCCAAUUUGAAGGGUCGCCGGCACUCAGAUAACGCUAUUAAUAUUCCCAGAAUUGAGAUCGCCCUUUCCUCACCCACCACGGCCGAAAAUCGAAGUAUAGCUCGAGUCAAUUCUACGUCUAAUUUAACCUCUCGCCGCCAUUCAUCAAUUAAUCCAACCGAGAUUACUAAUCUUAAUCAACGUCGCCAUUCAUCAAUCAAUUUACAAGACUUACAACAAUUCCAUCGGCGGCGACAUUCAUCAAUUAACCCUCAUGAUAUCAAGCGAGUGGCUAAUAAAAUAUCAAGAGCAGCCGAUGAUAUGCUUUGUUCAGCCGUUGAUUCAUUGGAAUCAAAAACGUCUCAAUUAAAGAUUGAUUUUAAUCCGGUUCCAAUGAUUUCGCCAACCAAAGGUCGUCGAUCGUCGGUUGCGGCCAUUUUUGGAUCGGCACCCUCGCCAAGUCUCUUUGGAUCAUCGCCUGGAAAAACUUCAAAUAAAUUACUAACCAAAGUGGGUCUUAAAAAAGCAAAAACACCAACUAAAUCAGAGAAACUGUUAAAUUCAUUGGGAACUGGAAUGCAACAUUUCUUGGGGAAAUAGAUUGUGUACAAAUUUUGUGGAUAAAGUAUUUUAAUUAACAAUUAAUCAAUCGAAUCAAAUUCAACCAACAUUGACCAUGAAACAAAUGAGAUGUUACCUGAUAAAUUAUUGGAUCAACUGACCAGCAACAAUUAACAAUAGGGACUUUGAAUGGGAAUGAUAAUCAGUUUAAUUCACCAUUUGGGAAUCGACACAAUCCUUAAUCAUUGCGAAUACAAGGUUAAUCAUCUAAAAAUUAAUCAACUAAUCUAAUACAUUUAUCUCAUUCUCUCAUAUCAAUGGGUAUUCAUUUCUAAUUAUUUGAUAUAUUAUCAGAUGAUUAAAGUUAAUUACUCACCAAAUGGACUGAGUUAACAAUGGCAAAACAUAUACUCUUUAAUUAUAUUAAAUAAAUGUAAAUACAAUCAAUUAUUAUAUUGCUAACAAUUAACUAUAUAAAUAUGUAUAUACCAUUCAAUAGAUUGUUAUUAAUUAAUAAUAUUGUUAUCAUUUGGUAAACAAUUAACUCUGAUAAGCCCGAAAUAUUAAUACAAUUACUAAUUGUUGAUAAAUCUAAUAUUAAGCUGAGUAACAAUGAUUUGUAACAAUUAACAAUUUGAUUUACAAUUAACUCUUGAAAACUCAUAGGAAAAAAAAAACUUAAUCAAUUAACUAUCAAUACUUUAAAUUACAAUUAAAAUUCAGUUAUAUGAUCUAAUAUAAAUUUACACAGGAAAGGGUCAAAAAUUUUAUCAAUUAAUUAUAUCCAAAUGAUUAUAAUUUAUAACAAUUAAUUAUCAUUAUUAUAAAUAUUAUAUUAUUUUCAAUAUAUUAAUUAUUAAAUGUUUUGUUGCCUUCGGGUUUAAUUCAAUGAUGAAAUUUAAUUUAAUUUACCAGAAAAAAACACUAAUUAUAAAAAGUAUAUUAAUAAAUGUAAAAGCUUAAACAAAGUAAUUAAAUUAAAUU